GGAAGUGCAUAUACACACGUGUGUCCGUUCUUUGCUGAAAGAUGUCCAAUCUUUCCAAUUAUGCCUUGCAAAUGGCCCGCCUGAGUGCCCGGAUAUUUGGAGAAGUUGUGUCACCCACAAGCAACAAGUCCAUGAAAGUAGUGAAGCUAUUCAGUGAGCAGCCUGUUGGCAAAAAGAAAGAAGUCUUUGAUUGGUAUCCUCCUCACCACAGCUAUUCUGGGCUAAUGAGGCAAAUUCGUUUUCUCGGUCUCUACAGAGAUGAACAUGCAGACUUUCAAGAAGAGAUGAAACGACUGAGAAGGCUCCGUGGGAAAGGAAAGCCCAUGAAAGGAGAAGGAAAGAGGUCCAUCAAAAAGAAAUAGUGCCACCCUGGCAAUGCACCAGAGGACUUGUGGAUGUUAGAGAUGGGAGACCCCCCCUCGGGCCCACCGUUCCAUGUAGAGGGGUUUUACAUGCAAGUUAAGAUGGGAGCUUCCAUGGAGUUGGGUGUGGGGGUAUAGUUAUCUGCUUGUCAGCUAUUUAACUCGGAAUUGAACUCUCUUAACUAGAUCUAUAGCCUCAGUUUUAUUUGGGCUCAUAUUUUGCUAAUAAUUUCAUGUAUAGGAACUGUUGUGUAUGUUCCAGCACAUGAGGAUAACGAUGGGUUUCAUUUUCCCUUUUCUACCUGAGCUAAAUAAUAAAUAAUAAUAAUUUUAAAAUACUCUUAAUUUUUUGAUAUACACAUCUGCUUUCAGCUCCAGUUUCUUUGGCUCUUCAGUUUUUCCAGACACUAGAUUUUUUUUUCCUUAUUCAUUCACUAAUACAUUUUAUGUUCUUACAUUG